UCCAGCGUCCUUAGCUGCCCCCGAUCCCAGUACCCGCAGUCUCAUUUGCCACCUUCCGACGCGUGACCCCGGCGCGCUCGCGUCCCGGGCUGGUGACAGGCGCGGGGUACGCCGAGAGGUCCCAUGUGCCCCCUCCCUUUCCUGGCCGCCGCAGUCGCCGCGUCCCGAACCCCACUCCGGCUCCUCGGCAGAGGACUCGCCGCCAUGUCUGCCGCCAGGCGACUCAAAUCCGUGGACUACGAGGUGUUCGGGAGAGUGCAGGGUGUUUGCUUCAGAAUGUACACAGAAGAUGAGGCUAGGAAAAUAGGCGUGGUUGGCUGGGUGAAGAAUACCAGCAAAGGGACUGUGACAGGCCAAGUGCAAGGCCCCGAAGAGAAAGUCAACUCCAUGAUGUCCUGGCUGAGCAAGGUUGGAAGUCCUAGUUCUCGCAUUGACCGCACAAACUUUUCUAAUGAAAAAACCAUCUCUCAACUUGACUACUCAAAUUUUAGUAUUCGAUACUAACAGAAGAGAAAUAAAAAUUUUAAUGCUUAUAUUACACAACAAACACCAUAUAUUCUCAAGUCUGUGUACUAGAAUAAUAGUAGCAGAGUAGGGUAAAAAAAAGAACUUUCUCUUCUGAAAGCUACAACAGAAUAUAUGUUACUAAAAAGGUCUGACACUAAAAUAGUUUUACUCGACUAUGUUUUUAAGACGCAAAAACAUAGUAUUGUAAAGGUCAUUACAAAAUAUUUAAUAUGAAUAUUUAAACUUGUCUCGUGGAAUCUUUAAUGAAUAUUAUAGCAAGUGUUAUUUGGCUAGGUAUAAAAUAAAGCUCAACCAUUUAAAAAUUAAGCAUUGUUGUCUGAAUUCUAAAAACCUCCUGAAUAAUAAUUAAAUUUGAGUUAUUUGUUUAACAAGAACCAGUAGUUAGCUAUAAAUGUAUAUGAUGAUCAGUAUAACCACAAAAUAAUAUCAAUAAAGAAUUUUUAAAAUUCUG